ACGUAAUGCACUUAAUCACUACCUACCUUUUAUAAUAUUUAUUUUCCUUAUUUUAAAUGACAAAACAAAUUUCCUUCAGAAAAAGUUUUUUUUUUUUUCUUUCACAAAAUUUAAAUUUAAAAAAAAAAAAUCAAUUUGAAUUCAAAGAAUUUUAGCAUAAAACGCUUGUUAAAUUUUUCAUUUAAUUUUUUUAAGGAAGGCUUGUGAAUUUAUUAAAUUAUACAUAAAUAUUUCUUUUUUUUUUUUCUUUCUUGAAAUAGCGCGUUUUUUAAACCGCGUUUUCAGCCUUCAAACGCUCCCUAUAAAUGUUUAGAACCACACUAGAGACAUCUCUCACACUCAAAAAGACCUAGAGAAAUCGGCGAUUGAAAGCUCUCGAAAUCUGAGAUUCAUUCAAGCUUCUUCACACAUGGCUAAAAAAGCACCGAUUUCGAAUCGAUCUUGCUCGCUUGGACCAACGGAAGAGGUUCAGAAGAUAUUCAACAAGUUCGAUAAGAAUGGCGAUGGAAAAAUUUCCUGCGAUGAGCUUAAGCAUGUCCUCCAGGCACUGGGCUCCGGUACCUCCCCCGACGAGGUGAAGCGCAUAAUGUCAGAGAUCGACAAGGACGGGGACAACUACAUUGAUCUCCAGGAGUUCGUCGAGUUUCACUGCGGUACCGGAUCGGACGGCGAUUCUUGCGUUGCCGACGCUAAAGCCGGAAACAAGGAACUCAAGGACGCUUUCGACCUCUACGACCUGGAUAAGAAUGGAGUCAUCUCCGCAAGUGAGCUACACUCCGUGCUUAAGCGUCUGGGAGAGAAGUGUACGCUGAGUGAUUGUAAGCGGAUGAUCAGAUCGGUCGAUGCCGAUGGUGAUGGAAGCGUCAAUUUUGAGGAGUUCAAGAAGAUGAUGACUCGCUCCUGAAGUCAAUGGCAGGUAUUUGAUCAUCUGAAAACAUAUUGAAUUGAAGGAUUUAGAUUAGAGGUUCCCUUAGGCUAACGUAGUCCGUAUUUGUAGAUAUGGUAAUAAUAUAUCUGAACUUCAUGUGGAUUGAAAUGGAUCAUGGUAGUUUCGUGUUCCAGCACUGUUGGAUUAAUUAAUUAAUUAGGUUGGAGUAGAGUAGAUUUACUAAUAUGUCACAAAGUGGUUGAAGAAGCAAAGAUUAACAUUGUGGAUACGACUUAUUUCUUCUUCUCUUUGAGGAUGAUCUGUUCUCCUUCUCUUUGUUUUUUUUUUUUCAACAGUUCUCUGUUGAUUUUAUGUGUUAAAUUUAGGGAUUUUAAUUUUUUUUCUACCACUUUUUCCAAAAUUAAAAUUUCCAACUCCACUCAUUGAAAGAGAAGUAGCAAUUGUGUAUUGUUGUUAUCAGAGGUGAGAAAACCAUUUGGGAAAUUGUGGUUAGCGUGUGGACUUUUGUGGUCCACUGCACGAGGUUUGAUUGUGUGCAUUAUUUUCAAAUAAAUUAGCUACAUUUUUUUAUUUAAAAAAAGAAAAGCUUAUUUGAAAUCUUGUUAAUUGAUUUUUUUUUUUUAUUAAAAAGGCAAUUAUGGCCAUUGGCGAAA